GUCUUUCUAAAAUUAAUUGCAAGGUUUGAAAAGUUUUGUUUGGUGUUUUGAAGUUUUGCACUGAUUUUCAAUUUAAAGCCGAAAAAAUGGAGUUAGAAAGCGUUGAAGAUACUUUAAAUAAGUACAUACCCCCUGCUGAACUGACAGAAGUAAAACGGAUACUUUACGGCCCUGAAUGCAAGACUCUUCAAAUAGAGAAGCAAGCAGGCGAUAUUGCAAAUAAUGAAGACUUUGAACUUGCAGCAUAUGAAAUGCCACUUUCACAAAAUCCUCGUCAAGUUAAAAUUGGACUGAUUCAAAAUAAAAUUAUUUCUCCAACUGAUGCACCUGUUUCUACUCAGAUUCAUUCAUUGCAUGAAAGAAUAAGUAAAAUCGCAGAAGCCGCUGCUUUAUCUGGUGUUAACAUUCUGUGCAUGCAAGAAGCAUGGACAAUGCCGUUUGCAUUUUGCACUAGGGAAAAAAUCCCUUGGACAGAUUUUGCUGAAUCAGCAGAAAAUGGAGCAACUACAAAGUUGUGUCAAGAGCUAGCGCGCAAACAUAACAUGGUAGUAGUGUCACCAAUAUUGGAACGCGAUGAAACUCAUGGUGGUGUGUUGUGGAACACUGCUGUUGUCAUUUCAAACACUGGUGCCGUGAUGGGGAAAUCAAGAAAAAACCAUAUACCACGAGUCGGCGAUUUUAACGAGUCGACCUAUUACAUGGAGGGAAAUACUGGCCACAAAGUAUUUCAAACCAGUUUUGGACGUAUAGGAAUCAACAUAUGUUAUGGGAGGCACCAUCCUUUGAACUGGAUGAUGUAUGGUAUCAAUGGUGCUGAAAUUGUGUUCAACCCUUCUGCUACUGUUGGUGCGUUAUCUGAACCAAUGUGGCCGAUUGAAGCUCGCUGUGCUGCUAUUGCCAACCAUUAUUAUGCAUGUGGUAUCAACAGAGUGGGAACGGAAACAUUUUCAAACGAAUUUACUUCUGGAGAUGGAAAAAAGGCACACAAGGAUUUUGGACAUUUUUAUGGUUCAAGCUACAUAGCUUCUCCUGAUGGUUCAAGAACACCUGGUUUAUCAAGAACUAAAGAUGGUCUUCUUGUCGUAGCAGUAGAUCUUAACAUAUGUCAAGAGAUUUCAGAUAAGUGGUGUUUUAGGAUGACAGCCCGCCAUGAACUUUAUGCUGAUGCAAUAAAACAAUCAACAGAGUUGGACUAUAAGAGAGAUAUUGUGUAUGAAAAAUAAGUAGGAAAAAAACAAGGAUCUACUUUAUUUGAGGUGUUAUAGAUUAAGUUUUUUAGGUAUGGCGUAUUCCAUACACAGUAGUGGUUAAAUUGUCAUACAGUUAGUUAGACUUAGCUUUAACUAAUGUUAAGAAUUAAGAUUUAAUGAAUUUUGGUAAUAGUUAAUUUCUCAUGACACUUUAGUUAUGGGCUGUUUUUAGGGGCCUAUUAAGCAUAUAUAUGUGUGCUAUGUAUUUACACCUCAGUAAUUGUGUUCAUCAGUGCAAGUAAUUCAUGCAUUAUUUUCAUAGCAUCAAUCAUUGUGAAAUUAACGCAGUUCCAGUUUAUCACAAGUGCAAUUUGUAUAUUAGACCUUUACAUGCAUAAAUGACUAUGUUCAUUUGCCUUUUUUCCUGCUCUCUCUCUUUUUUGCAUUUUUUCUAAUAUCCGAACUAAAAUCUCUCAUAUUGUAAGAGAGAAAACCAGAAAAAAGCAAAACGGUAUAGUCUUGUUUGCUUCAAAAUGUGCCCAUUUUUAAUCCGUCCAUUGCCAAAAUAAAAUGUACCACGUCCAUAACA